GUGACAUUAAUUCCCACAAACUUGCGAAAAAUUUAACGUUUCGAUGUACAUGUUUUGUUGAGAAAUCUGUUUGAGUGUGUCAAAUUAUUGUGUCUCACUGUUAAAAAGUGCAAAAUGGCAGUGAAAAAAAAGAAAGUUUUCCGAAGAUUACGUGAAGCGUGGAUUUACCUUCAUAGAAAAAGACGAGUUACAAUUGCCUCAGUGUGUGAUAUUUAUGAAAGUUUUAAGUAAUUAUAGUAUGAGGCCCAAUCGCCUUGAAAGGCAUUUGAAGCAACAAAAUCCUACUCUAGUUUUGAAGACGAAAGAGUUUUUUUCUUCUAAAGCAGAAUCAAUCAAGCGAAUGAGACUGGAUAAGUCGGGAAGUUAUCACGCAGGUGUAUCGCAGCAUCUCAAAGCUUCAUUUCAAAUAGCUUUUAUGAUAGCAAAGCAAAAGAAACCUCAUACUAUCGGUGAAGAAUUAAUAAAACCAUGUGUUCUAAAAGCCAUGCAGAGGAGAAGAUACAGAACAAAAACUUAAGUCUAUUUCUCUUUCGAAUAACACAGUCAAGCAUAGAAUGGAUGACACUGUAGCAGACAUAAAGUCACAAAUAACUAACAAAGUAAAAUCAUCGCCAUUUUUUGCCAUUGGUUGCGACG